AUGCUAAUACUGCAAAUUAUUUUGUUUUCCACUCUUAUCAUUAUUGCUAGCCCUGAAAGUCUCGAAAACAAUUUCACAACAAAAUCAACGAAAGCUGGUCACAGUUCCUUAUGGUUAGCGCGCUCAUUCCGAAUUACCUGUUGUUUGAGUGGAUACCCGGUCCCGGAAAAUCCAAAGAUUAUUCGAAAUUGGACCCAUGAGGAAUCGGAUUACAUAACUGACGAGCGUUACGGUGAACGUACUAUAUCUAGUAGUAGCAGUAGUAGUGUUGGAUCUCGAACUCGAGGUGUAGCAAAGGAGGAGGUGAUCAACUCCAAAUGCCGCAUAUAUCGCGGCACUUAUCUCCUAUCCUCUUCCGCACUGUUCACUUUUGACGAUUUUACUGGUAUAGGUGUGGCCUGUAAAUGUCCAGAAGUGUCAGCACAUGAGUACUUAGACCGAAAUUGUAGACGUCUCAAGCCAUGCCUUAAUAAUGGUCAUCGUUCGUUCGAUUCCAGUUUGUAUUGCAUCUGUCCAAAACCAUAUUUCGGUGAGCAAUGCGAAAAAUACUGCGAUCAGGGACAGCGAAUGACAGGCGCAGAUGGCCGUGAUUAUUGCUCAUGUACGCCAUUUUAUCAAGGUGAAGAAUGUCGAAAUAUAGUGUGUUUGAACGGCGGUACUGAGUUACGGCAUCAAUGUCUGUGUCCUCCGAAUUUCCUCGGUUAUCACUGCGAAAUUGAUGCUAAUCGUACAUCAGUUAUGUUGCGAUUUCACGGCUACAGAGAACAGAAUGUUUAUCAAGACAGUGAUCUCCUUACUCGAGAUGUAUCGAGUACUAUAUUCAGCUUGGUUAUGAUUGCUGUCCUCAUUCUUUCUAUGUAUUUGUUGAUGAAACAUAGAAUGCAGGUGCAAAACCGGUUUGCGAGUGUCCGACGUGAAGCACUAGUCCGGUCAAGCAUUGAAAUUAAUUCACGUCAUGGCAAUGUGAUAGUAUCGGACGAUUCAGGAAUUCCGUCAUUCAGAACUAUUACAUUUCCCAACGAAGGACCCCCUCCUUAUGUUAUAAUUCCCCAUAGAGGAAGGUCCUGUCAACGCGGAGACAAUCUUCCACCACUACCAACCUAUGAAGAUGCUACCAAAUUACCCCCAUUUAUCAGGCCACCAGUGGAAGAAAGAAGUACAGAAGAAGAAGAGCAGGUAAUUGAGAAUGUUACCUCACCAAGCGAAUUACAAAUUAAUGAAAGAGUGAUGGAAACGGACACUAAUGAUGAAUCAUUGGUAUUAUGUUCCUUAUCCUAUCCGCGGGAAUCACAACAUUCUCUAGAAACGGCUACCUCGGGAUCAGGUACAGCAUUAGUACACAUGCAUAUUUUCAACACUGAUAAUAGUCCUUUGCCUAAUAAAAAGUUAUUAACAAGAAGGAGUAUAUGA